GUUUUGGUUGCCUGCCAGCAGCCGUCUGGAAGGGGAGGGGAGCCGUCUGCCUUCCGCUUCUGGGCUGGAUUGACACACAAUGAGGAGCAGAGGCUGGGGAGACGCUCCACAAACGCCGCUGUAAAUAAAUACAACAAUCACUGAGGCCAGAGAAACAUGGAGAACCAGUGCACAGUGCAGGUGAAACUGGAGUUGGGCCACAGAGCCCAGCUAAGGAAGAAGGUGACAUCAGAAGGCUUCACCCACGACUGGAUGGUGUUUGUCCGAGGGCCAGAGACCGGCGACAUCCAGCACUUUGUAGAGAAGGUUGUCUUCCGCCUGCACGAGAGUUUCCCCAAACCCAAGAGAGUAUGCAAGGAGCCUCCGUACAAAGUAGAGGAGUCGGGCUACGCAGGCUUCCUCAUGCCUAUUGAGGUUUACUUCAAGAACAAGGAGGAGCCAAAAAAGGUGUGUUUCAACUACGACCUAUUCCUCAACUUAGAAGGCAACCCACCAGUCAACCACCUGCGCUGUGAGAAGCUCACCUUCAACAACCCCACCAAAGAAUUCAGAAGAAAGCUGAUCAAAGCUGGAGGGGUAUUAGUGGUUCCAGAGGGGGCAGAAGCCGUGUCGAGGCCCAGUCCAGACUACCCAAUGCUUCCCACCAUCCCCCUCUCUGCCUUUUCAGACCCCAAGAAGACCAAGACCUCUCAUGUGUCAAAGGAGCCCAGCAAAGAGGGGAGUGGAGGCAGCAGCAAAGGACCCAAACCGCACAAACUGACCAAGGAGCACCGGGAACGGCCCCGAAAAGACUCUGAGAGCAAAGCCACGUCGAAAGGAGACAACGACAGAGAUGGAAGCAGCAAGAGUGGACGCGAUCCUUCCUCUUCUUCAUCCUCAUCUUCAAAAAAGCCGUCAGAUAUCAAAGUGAAAGAAGAAGUUAAGGUCAUACCCAAGGCUGCCUUUAAGGAGCCUAAACUCACCCUGAAGGAGUCAAAGAUGGAGGGCAUGUCUCCUAAAGGAGGGGGGGCUGGGAGUGGAGGGGGUGGGGUUGGGGGAGGAGGAGGGGGGGGAGGCGGGGGAGGCGGAGGAGGGUCCGCAGAGUCUAAAGCUCCGGGGAAACGACCCUCCACUGUUGAGUCUCCCAAACCCAGCGCUAAAAAGAAGAAGGGCAGCUCAGACGGGCCGAAGGGGCCGACCAGCGGGGCCUUCACGGGAACUUCUCCUCGUGUCUCCUCAUCAUCUGCAGCCAGUCAGCCCUACGCAGAGAAGAAACCUCCCAAGGAAAAAGGUCGCUGGCCCAAAGGCAAAAAUGACACACAGGAGCCAAAGGAGCCCAAGAAACUUCCAGAGUCGGAAGAGUCGAAUUCAGAGGACGAAGCAUCGUCGAAAUCAGAGCAGUCGGCCCCUUCCAGUCCUUCCAACUCCAGCUCGAGCUCUGACUCAAGUUCAGAUUCAGACUUUGAGCCGGGACAGAAACAAGGGCAAGGCCCCCUGCGAUCGAUGGUGGAGGAGAUCCAGUCGGAAGAGUCAGAUGAUGACGACAGCAGCUCAGAGGAGGAGACGCCCAUCAAGACCAACCCUCCCAACCGUGACUCACGACUCAGCCUGGACAGCGAGAGUGACACCAGUGACGGCUCACACAGCCCCAGUCGAGACUCUGCCCGGCCACCGCAGAAACACAGCUCCUCUAACAACAAAGUUUCAGGCAGAAAGAGUCCAGAUUCCUCGUUUCGCUCAGAGAAGGUGUUGAAGAAGGGAUACGACAAGGUAGGAAGGGCCUACACAGAAGAACUGGUGGACCUCCAUCGCAGACUGAUGGCUUUAAGGGAGCGUAACGUCCUACAGCAGAUUGUGAACCUGAUCGAGGAGACGGGCCACUUCAACGUGACCAACACCACCUUUGACUUUGACCUCUUUUCACUGGACGAAUCCACCGUCCGCAAACUACAGAGCUACCUGGAGGCGACGGCCACGUGACAGGAAGUGGAAACGGGCGUGGUGAAACCGGCCUGUGGAUGGCGGCGGCAGAGGUAGACUCGCCAUCACGUCUCCUCUUUUUAAGGAGAGUACGAGCAGCCACAUCAUGUCGCAGCUGUUUCACAGGCCUGACUGAACCAUCGAACAACUACCACACAAACAGAAACAUGCGAACAAACACAAGCACACAUGAAGACACACCAACUUCACGUGACGCUGGGGAGGAAACUGAUGGAGGUGGUGGUAGAGGAGGAGCGGAGUGGCUGAACUCCGUCUACAGUCAGGAUUUUCACUACACAUCUCUUUUUUUUGGAGUCUGUGCAGAGCUGUGGUAUGCACCCCACACCCCCUCCUUCACCCUCCUGCACUCCCGCCUUUGCAAACCCAAUACUUCCCCUCCUCCUCUUCCUCCCCCUUCACACGCACACUCCUUACUCGGCAGAACACUUCAGUCCCCUUCCCCCUGCUGUCAGCUGGAGCUCAUUUUUCCCCUGACAUACUCUUUGAGUCGGGUGUGUGUGUUGUCUGUGCGUGUGCGUGUGCGUGUGUGUGUGUGUGUGCAUGCGAGCGCUGCUGAGGUUUAAGAGAAGAUGUUGUCUUUGUGGUUACCGGCUUCUCUUUGUUAGUGAAGCUCGAGCACAAACAGCCGGUUUGCCUCCUUCACACACAUGGCAAACAAAUACAGAUUCAGGUCGUAAUUUACUUUAACCCCCCUAUUUAGAUAUUACUACUGUGAUGUAGUUGUAAGUAAGUAUACUAUAACUCCUCCUGGUGUAUAAACUUAUAAUAUAUGAGACGAUAUAGUAAAAUACAAACACUUACUGUACCUUAAUAUACAAUUUUAAAUGUACUUAUAUGUGCUUAUAACUACAUUACAGUGUGUUUAUAAACCCUUUUAAAUGGGGGGGGGUUAAAGUAAAGUUGUACCCAGAUUCAUAUUUGUCUCACAAAUCAUUACACUUCACACUGUACAUGAAGACACUGACACGUCUGCUGUAUGUGUGUUGCAUGAGGUUUCUCUCUGUUGUCUGAACUUUUGAAAACACAUGCUCUGUUGUGUUUCCCCUCUACUUCCUCGCACUGAAAGCUGAGCCUUGACCUCCUACCAAUGCCCCCCUUCCCCACUGAAGCCCUCUCACUCCAUCCCUCCUUCUCCCUUAUUCUUAUAUUGGCGUGCAUGAAAGGGCUCGACUGCUCGCGGCCAGAGCAGUGGAGGAUCCCUCCUGAAUUGCCUUCUAAGCGGUGGGUAGGGUAGGUUGGGGAGGGGGGGUUAAAAAAGCCGUGAAAAAGUAGCCAUACUUGUCUCCCAGAAUCCAAAAAUAAGAAAAUAAAUAAAUAGGGGCCACGCUUUUUUACAUUUUAUUUUUAUACAAGUGCAUUUUGUGUAUUUAUUCCCAGACCGCGGUUAAGAUAACCUGUGAGCUAUGAAUGUAUAUCGCUUUUACUUUUCUACGGCUAGCAACAGCCCCACUCUAGUGCCUUUUUCUGCGACUUGCAGUGUGAGGGGGGGUGUGCGCUCUGUUAGCCAUGGUCACACAGAUUGAAACCCCCCCCCCCCCCCCCCCCCCCCGCUCCCCUAAAUACCCCCCUCGGGGACACGAGUGUUAAUAGGGAUGCCUGAAUAUCCAGUAUUGUCUUAAUGGCUUCCAUCCCUGCUUCUUCUUUUCCAGUGUCUUUGUAGGCUGUUGUCAUUUUAGCAGUGACCUUUCUGUUAAUCAAGCCCUCUAGAAAUUUUAAGAUUUUUUUCCCCCUGAUGGUGGUCAAAAAAUUUGGUUCCUGCUUUGUGAGAUUAGGUUCAGUGUUUUAAAGAGGAAGCAUCAGUCGACUGCGUGGUAGUUACUCACAGUGAUUAGCUCUAGUAUAACUUCAGCUUUGUCCUGUGUUUUGUGAGACGGUUGUCGUUGAAUAGGGUCGGGGUUCCCUCUUCAAGGGGUUUUAAGUAUAUGAACUACGGUUGACGUGUUUGAUUCAAGUUACCAGGCACUUGAAGAGCAUCAACAAAGGGCGUGUAGGCAGAAAAAUAAGCUAAAGAAACUCUCUUUUCUUUCUCAAAAUAUCUGAAAUGUAUUUCUCGGGGGCCUGCAGCAUGACGUAAGAUCAGUGGGUUGGACUGAUGACUUUAACCCAGGCUGACCGGUCUCACGAAGCUGGCUCUCUUUAAACGGUUUAGAUCACUAAACCGGUGUUGCUUCAGAGGAGUUUCACUUUAAAGGAUUAAACAAAAACCUGCAAACGAUUAAUAAUGUCAAGCGCAGAGCAACAUGUUUACACACUGGUAGACUCACUUGGCUUUACAUGCUAACUAAAGAGGACAUUUAAGAUGUGUUUGUAGCAAAACCACCAUGUUUCAUGUUUCAUGACAUUUGGACCAGUAGCUUUUCUGUAAACCUGCUGACUGACAAACCGAAUCGAAAAGAUCCAUUACUGCAGCUCAGAAGAACGUGCAGGGGGCUUAGUCGCAACAGUAUUUUUGUUGACUUCAAGUGAAGAAGAAAUACCCACUAAUGGCAUAUUAAUUUAAAAGAAGUAAUAUCCACACACACUGAAAUUAGCUACCUGUGGAUUAUAUACAUAUGUUGAGUCCAUUACCUAUAAGAUUAGGACUCAUCAUUAUCACACUUUCCAAAGCCAGCCACUUUCCAAAGGAAGUAACGUGGACUGGUUUGUUUAUCUUUACCACAGUUAACUAGCAAGCCAGUGUGAAGCUUAAAUAUUGUUGCUGUGCUUACAUGCAGUUUAAUAUACCGUGUGCACUGAUUUAGAACAAUUUAACUGCAUUUAGACUGACAGGAGCGAAGUUUCAGGUGUCCAGAUGU